UUGUUGGUAGAAUGUAAAAACAAUCGCAAUCUUUUUAGCCUCCUGACAAGUACUGAAACCCAAAAGAUUGGAAGGCUGAUUGAACUACGAAGUACACGUCUGCACAACUCGCAUCAGCUGUCACACCCGGCGCUACUGUAAACACAAUCCGGGGAGAAACAGAGGAAGUAACAAGCUAGCAAGCUAGUUCCUAGCUGAGUAUGCUCUUAGGUAUGAUUAUCCUGCGUAUCAUCUGAACUAUAUCCCACUACGUCACACAUGAGCGUGUAGCUGAGACUUGAGUAAAUCUGUGAAAAUGCUUUGUAUGCGUCGCUUGCAAACAAAAGUGCAUGGUCUGUACAGCAGUAGAUUUAGCCAUUCAGCUUUGCUGUCUUCACAAAUAAUUAACCCAUGCUACGAAAUGGAAGACCAAACAACUCAUGUCCGGGAGCAGCACAAAUUUGAUGUUGGAAAUCUUCAGCAAUACCUGGCUCUCAAGAACAUAGUCCCAAACAAUGGCACGCUGAAUGUCAGACAAUACAGCGCUGGUCAAUCCAACCCUACCUUCCUCAUCCAUACACCUUCUGAAAGUUAUGUGCUCAGAAAGAAACCACCAGGUAUGCUUCUGUCAGGAGCUCACAAGGUUGACAGAGAAUAUCGGGUGCAGAAAGCCCUGUUCUCUACUGGGUUUAGAGUACCCCAGCCCUUGCUACACUGCACUGACGCUGGGGUGAUUGGGACCGAGUUCUACCUUAUGGAGCAUGUAAAGGGGCGUAUGUUCCGUGACCUUCGCUUGCCUGGAGUCAGUGCAGCGGAGCGGGCAGCCCUGUACGUGGCCGCCGUGGAGGUGUUGGCGAGCCUCCACUCCAUAGACCCAGCCACUCUGGGUCUGGAGGACUAUGGCAAAGGGCCUGGCUACUGCAGGAGACAGGUGACUACUUGGACAAAGCAAUACAAAGCAGCCGCCCACAAGGAAAUUCCAGCCAUGGAUGAGCUUUCCGAUUGGCUGAUGAGCAACCUGCCAUCCAAUGACAACGAGGCUUCUCUGGUCCACGGAGAUUUUCGAUUGGACAACCUAAUCUUCCAUCCCACAGAGGCACGUGUGAUAGCUGUUUUGGACUGGGAGCUGUCCACCACAGGCCAGCCCCUGAGUGACCUGGCGUACUUCCUCAUGCCUCACUACUGGCCCAGCAGCCUCAACCUCCUCAGCACCAUGGGCAGCCUCCGUGGCGUGGAAGGUGUGCCCACUCCUAAGGACCUGAUCUCCAUCUACUGUCGCUGCCGGGGGAUCCCAGCCUCUCUGCCUCAGCUCAACUUCUACCUGGCUCUGUCCAUCUUCAAGGUGGCAGGGAUCGCUCAGGGGGUCUAUGCGCGCCACCUUUUGGGUAAUGCUAGUGCAACCAACGCUGCCCAGUUUGGCCACAGUGUGGAGCCCCUGGCCAAGGUUGGCUUGCAGAUUGCAACAAGUCCAUCCAGGUCCCCGCAUGCUGACUCCAUGCUGUUUCUCCAGACAGCCAAAGGCCAGGCUGUUCUCCAGCAGGUCAAAGACUUCAUGAGACAACAAGUUCUUCCUGCUCAGGAGGAAGUGAGAGUGUUCUAUUCUAAGCACGCCAAUUCACCACAGAGAUGGCACACGCCACAGGUGAUAGAGGAUCUGAAGGGCAAGGCCAGAGAGGCGGGGCUGUGGAACCUCUUCCUGCCAUCCGCCUGUGGCCUCACCCAGCUGGAUUAUGCCCACAUCGCUGAGGAAACGGGCCGCUGCCUCUACGCCCCGGAGGUCUUUAACUGCCAGGCGCCUGACACGGGGAACAUGGAGGUGCUCCACAUGUACGGCACCGAGGAGCAGAAGAAAGCCUGGCUGCAGCCCCUGCUGCAGGGGGAGAUCCGCUCCUGCUUCUGCAUGACCGAACCAGACGUAGCCUCCAGCGAUGCCACCAACAUGGCGUGCACCCUCCAGAGAGACGGCGACUGCUUCGUCAUCCAAGGCAGGAAGUGGUGGAGCAGCGGUGCUGGGAACCCAAACUGCAAAGUGGCUAUCGUGAUGUGCAGGAGCAAGACCCUGGAUGCUAACAACAGACACGCUGACCACAGCAUGAUACUGGUCCCACUCAGCGCUCCUGGAGUAAACCUGAUCAGACCACUCACUGUAUUCGGACAGGAUGACGCGAUCCACGGAGGACAUUUCGAGAUACACUUCGACAAUGUCCGUGUUCCUUCCUCCAACAUCAUCCUGGGGGAAGGGAGGGGUUUUGAGAUCGCCCAGGGUCGUCUGGGCCCGGGCAGGCUGCACCACUGCAUGAGGGCGGUGGGGCUGGCAGAGUGGGCCCUGGAGCUGCUGUGUCAGAGAGCUGCCAACAGGAACACCUUCGGAAAGAAGCUCUACCAACACGAGGUGGUGGCCCACUGGAUAGCAGAGUGUCGUCUGUCCAUAGAGCAGACCCGCCUGCUGACUCUCAGUGCUGCUCACGCCCUGGACACUCUGGGGAGCAGGGCUGCCAGGAAACAGAUCGCCAUGAUUAAAGUGGCUGCGGCCAGGAUGGCGUGCGAGGUGACAGACUGCGCCAUCCAGGUUCACGGGGGCGCGGGCGUGUCGGAUGACUUUCCUCUCGCCCAAAUGUACGCGUACGCCCGGACGCUGCGCAUCGCAGACGGGCCCGACGAGGUGCAUCUGUCCUCCAUCGCCCGUCUGGAACUGAGAGACCAGCUGAAGGCGGCCCAGGCCAAGCUGUGAGCCUGAUGAAUAUCACGCCAAUCAGGGAUCAUGUCAGACGGGGAGAGAAAUGACUCACAGGAUCAGAGCAGACGUGGAGAAAAAUCAAGCCAAAGUGGUACUUCAAUAAACAGAUACUGUCCCAAAUUAUGAUUGUAAUAGUGAAAAAAGGCAGUCCUUACCUGAUAACACUGGUUUAAUACCCGAUUGCUGUGAUUUGUUAGAAGGCUGUGUACACGACACCCACUGAUCUGAACAGGUUAAUGAUCUCCUU